UACCGAUCUAUCGAAACCAUCCGAAGAAAAAAACCAAACCUUAAGCCGAUGUCCAAUUUAGAAGAGCCACUGUGUUAUAAGAGCAAGGAGGAGCAAUCUCCGUUACUGUCGCUGCCAGAUGAUGUAGCUCUGGGUUGCCUGACUCGAGUCUCGAGAUCGGACCACGCGGCUUUGUCUCUCUUUUCCAAGAGUUGUUGCUAUCCAAGAGUUAUUGCUAUCCAAAGAAAAAAAACCAACUUUAAACCGAUGUGCGAUUCCGAAGAGCCACCGUAUAAGAAGAGUAAGGAGGAGCCGUCUCCUUUAUCGACUCUGCCAGAUGAUGUGGCUCUGAGCUGCUUGGCUCGAGUUUCCAGAUGGGACUACGCGGCCUUAUCUCUCCUCUCUAAGAGUUAUCGCUCGUUAAUGGCUUCGCCUGAGCUCUACCAGAUGCGAUCGCUGACGGGUCGCACCGAAUCUUACGUCUACGUAUGCUUACGCACCCCUCCUGUCCCAAAUCCACGCUGGUAUAUCCUCCGCCGUAGAAAAAUCUCCUCCGAUCUGAUACCGAUCCCUUCGUUCCCUUCUCAAUCUCGGGAAGGAUCCUCCGUGGUGGCGCUGGAUUCGGCUAUCUAUGUAAUCGGUGGAUUGAUAAAAGGCAAACCCAUUUCGGAUGUAUUGCUUUUGGAUUGUCGGACUCACACGUGGCGCCACAUCCCUUCCAUGGGAGUUGCGCGAGCUUACCCGGCUGCUGCCGUCGUAGAAGGAAAGAUUUACGUUGUAGGAGGCUGCAAGUUCAAAGAUUAUUCCUUGAGCUGGGGAGAGGUAUUCGACCCAAAGACACAAACUUGGGGUUCUUUGCCGCCGAUACCGUUUCGGAAGAGACGCCAAAUGUAUAUUCACGACUGUGUGGUGAGGGAUGGGAAGGUUUACGCAGUGGAUGGAGCGGAAAGAACUACCUACUACUCGCCCGGGGACGGUAAAUGGGGAAUAGGGAAUCUUGGUGAAGUCACAGGGGCUAGAAGGGAUUGGUGUAUGAUUGAUAAUUUGCUCUACUCUCUUAGUAAACAUGGGAGAAUAUUUUGGUGUGAGCAAGAGGAGUUGGAUUGGCGCCAACCAGAGGGUAUGCAUUGGUGGAAGGAAGUGAAGGGCUUAGAGGUUCUCAAUGAGAAUCUCUCUCGUUCCAGACUGGUCCACUUUGGUGUGCAGAAUGUGGAGAUAUACAACAGAGCUAAGCUUGAGUUCGAUGAAAUCCCAGAGUUGGCAGUUUUAUUACCUGGUGCCAGACUGAGCAACUCUGGUGGCAACAUUUUGCUCUUUUGGGACGAGAUGAUAGGGAAUCUUCAGCAGAUUUGGUGUGCAGAGGUUUCCUUGGAGAGACGCCAAGGAGGCGAGAUUUGGGGCAACAUUGAGUGGUCUCAUGCUGUUAUGACCGUUGAUGUUGAUCCUUUCUUAGAUCGCUAUAAGGUUUUGCAUUCUGUUUCUGUCACUCUUUGAGCUUGCUUCAUCCGUUGAUGUUGAUACUCAAAAUCUUACUUUUGUAUUAUCUAUGCAUCUCCGCUCUAUAUUAUCGUCAGUGAACUGAAUAAGUUGUUCGAGUGUCUCUUGUCUUAUUUGAUCUUCUGCGAGUUGAUUUUUCUGUUUGUUCACAGACACUUCAUUCCGUUUUGAUAAAUACUGCAACACAUGCUCUGAGAUUUUCUUAUAGA